AUGGGUUUUCAUCACAGAAAACUUUUGGGUCCCCCAAAUAUCAAAAAAGAUGAUAAAAAUAACGCCCAAUCUCCUGAAGUAAUAAGAGUUGUUUCUUAUUCAGAUCCGUGUUUUAUGAAUUGCCCAAAUGCAUGUAAUAAAACUUUAUCACCCGAACCUUUGUGCAAUGAUGGUGAUCAAUCCAAUUCCAAUCGUAUUUCACCUUUGUUGAUGCCCAUGUUCUGUAUACUCGGUGUUGUUUUCCUUCUCGUUUGCUACCUCACUUUUCUCAAAAAAUAUCGAUCCAAUAUGAUCAAUUCCAGGAGGAGAAAUCUGCCCAGAUUCGAUGAUACUCACCAAGAUCUUAUAGACGAGAAUCAUGGGCCAGCAGUGGUUCAUCCCAUAUGGCUCAUCAACACGGUUGGUCUUCAACAAUCCGAUAUCGAUUCGAUCACUGUGUUGAAGUACAGAAAAGAUGAAGGAGUGAUUGAAGGGACUGACUGUUCUGUUUGUUUGAGUGAGUUUGAAGAAGAUGAGAGCCUUAGGCUCUUGCCCAAGUGUAGCCAUGCCUUUCACAUCCCUUGUAUUGAUACCUGGCUUAGGUCACAUAAAAACUGUCCGUUGUGUCGUGCUCCGGUAGUAUGUGAGUCAGGCAAUGCUCAUGUGAGCACUGUUGAUCAAAACUCGGAUGUUUCGGGUUCCACUGAAGAGACCCAUGUGGAGAGUACUGAGAAUUAUGAUGGGUUGGGAAGCAAUCAAGAAGGUGGGACUAGUGAAAUGAGGGUUGGAGUUGAUAGCUUUGGUGCAGUGCCAAGUGAAAGUGGAACAAUUGCUAAGGUAUUAGAGAAAAAUUCUCGUUAUUUCAAUACAAGAAGUAGUGAGUUUAGAGUACUAAGUGAUUUGAGUGGUAAUCGGGCAGAAGUGGAACAAGAAUUACAGCCAGUGAGGAGGUCUGUUUCAAUGGAUUCAUCGUCUGCUUCAAUGAUUUAUCUUGCUGUGGCGAACAUUCAUGAAGUGGAAAAUGGAGGUUGUUUGGAGACUCAGAUUGUUCAAGUGAAGAAACCAAGCACGGAGAUGACCGUUAAGAAGGAAAAUAAACAUUCAGGCAUGAAAAGACCAUGGAAGAGUAGCUCAUUUAGGUUUGCUUUGCCAAAUGGACCUGUUUCCAUGAAAAGGUCUUUCUCUUCCAGUGGAAAGUCCUCCUUACACAGGAAUGGCAGAAGCCAGGAACAAAACAUACCGUUGUGA